AUGCUUAUACCAAAUUUGAUCUCUCAAGUUGGUGCAACAGCUCCGACUGAAUUACCUGAAAAGUUAGUAGUUUUAAGAAACAAUAUGAAACUAUUUGUUAAUGCCGCCGAGCGUUUAGAUGCAAACAGUGUAUACGUUAAUAUGUUACUUCAGUACUAUUAUGACUGCAACAGUAUUAGUCAAAAAGCACUCGAAAAUGAGGUUUCAUAUGCGGUGAUCAAUCUAUCGUGUUGUUAUGAAGAGCUUUCACAAGAGCUCAUGGAACGUGCAUAUAGUGGCCAAAAUGAUAAUUCACAGGCUUGGAUAUCUAGUUCACGGAUGGGAAAACGUGCACUCGGGCUUGUAGAGUAUCUUGGAAGUUCAGGGAUAGUCGGUAAUGAAAGUACGGCAUCUCUUGUAAGUGCAUAUGCUUUAGCAUGGCGGCUAAGUCAGCAGCUACGAAUGGUUGUAUUUACUCUUUGUAAGCUACGAGCUAAGCUUGGCCAGGUACAAGAAGGAUAUGAUGGGUUACUCGAGCUACAAGAAGCGGAUUUGGUAACUUUAAGCGCAAACUCACUACUUUAUGGUAGACUGGUACUUGGUUGCCAACGGGCAUGCCGUCAGCUGGAAGCUACGGCUUUAAGAAGUCAUGUGGGUCCAUUAGUUGUUUUUACUGAUGUUCUGGCGUUGGUCUUGAUUAGCAUGGAUCGUUACAACAAGGAUAAAUGUGGUGACGCGAUUGGGAUGCUGGAAGAGUCUCUUGAGAAGCUGCAUGCAGCGCAUCUUGUUCCCUCAGACUACGGAGGUUUUAAAGAUUCUCGACUGAUGCGGCCAAGGACUGUGGAUACACUGUUGCACUGGAAGGAAAAAGUAAAGCCGAAAGUUAAUCGUGCAGAGCAGAUUACCUGCUUGCAUCCCUUCUUACAGCGUAUUAUACAAGGAUUUCUGCUUCCACUGAUAAUUUUGUUAAGUUACAGGUAUAAGCGAACUAACGAUUCUCUGUUUCUUCAGAAGGUUGAGCGACGGAGGUGGGAUCUCCCUGAAGGUAAAGCUCCUGAUUGUGUCGGCAUUGAGUGGGUAUUUGAAAACGGACAGCUACGAGAGAUCCCAGAGUCCGCCAAGUACUACUGA